UUUUUUUUUCUCUAUUUUCUUUAUUUAUUUUAUUUUUUUAAUUUAUUAUGAAUGAUAACAACAGUCCAAGAAUAUCAGAAAACAAGUUCAUGAAUUGGAUUUCUCCACAAACAAAAGAACUAUUUUUAAAAUACAAUAUUGCUAAUUUAUUAUUUUGUUAUUGUCUUCCCUUAUUUUAUGUAUUUUAUCCAACCCUUUUAAUGCCUGCUAUCUUUCUAAGAUUUUUAUCUUUUAUCAUUGGUUGGAUUUAUAAACUUAUUUCAUCUCAUCAUUAUCACCACCAUCCUCAACAACAACAAACAACAAAAGGAAAUAAAGGUCUUGCGACUAAUAAUAAUAACGCAACUAUAAGUCAGGAUAGUCAUAUGUUAGUUGAAGAUGAAAUGAAUAACAUGUAUUUUUGGUUACAAAGAUGUUCGAUUUGUCUUGAUCAAACUUAUAAUUUAUGCUUGGAGACUUGUCGUGAUCAAUUCUGUAAAGAAUGUUUUUCAAGAUAUAUUGAAGAAACAGUAAACCAGUCUUGGGGUUUAGGUGUUACUCGUAUUAAAUGUCCAGUUUGUCAGGAAGUAAUUAGUCAAAAUGAAUGGAGUAGAUAUGUUUCAUCAGAUAUUAUUGAAAAAUACAAUAAAUAUAAUCAGCCUUAUCGUCCUUUUUCUCGUUAUUGCAAUACUUGUCAAGCCCCUGUUGCACCAUGUCAAUCACCUAGAAAAAGUGCGAGUCUAUCACGGGAAAGUCGUUUAGAACAAAUUGCGAGUGAUUUAAAUGGUUUUUCAAAAUCUAUAAAAAAUAAUCCAAAUCUAACUCAAUUAGUGGAUGAAACACUCAUGACAUUCUUGACUGCUUGUCAAAAAGGUGGAUCUUCCUUUCGUAUUGGCCGUAUUCAAGGUAUUUAUAAUCAAAUUAUUCCAAUUCUUUGCAAGAUUGUUAGAAAGAUAGAUUAUUAUAAUAUGGAAUUGUAUGAAAGAUCUUCAUCUAUUUCAAAACAGUUGGUAGCUUUAGAAGUCAUACCGGAAGCAUGGAAGCAAACUCAGUUUUGGCAUAUUGCUAAUUUUCCCAUAGAAACAUGUUCACACUGCGGUGAUAAAAUAUGUUUACAAUGUGGUGAAAUGGCUCAUUUAGGUACAAGUUGUUUAGAAAAUUUAAAGUUAAAACUAAAAAAGAAUUGCCAUAAUGAGCUUGCAGAGACAAUUCAAUGGAAAUUAAAUCAUACGAGACCCUGUCCCAAUUGCUCAGUCAUGAUCAAUCGAGAUGAAGGAUGUAAUCGAGUGGAUUGUUUAUUAUGUGGAUAUCGUUUCUGCUGGAGAUGUGGAUCUAGUUGGGCUCAAGUAUGUAUAAAUAUAUAUAUAUAAAUUGAAGUAAUGCCACUAUUUAACAUAUAAAAAGCAAAAAUGUGGAUUUUAUCAAUGUGGUGAAGAAGUUAGUUUAUUAGAAGAAGCGAAACAAGAAGAGAAUGUUUCAUCCAAGGUUUGUUUAUUUUUUAAUUUUUUAAUUUUUUUUUUAAAUAAAUUAAACAAAGAAAAAAAAAGACUUAUAGUAUGAUAUUGUAUAGGCUGAAUUAGGAGUCCCCGAUAUGCAUGCAAUUGAUGCUCGUCGACAAGUCAUAAUCAAUAGCAAUUAAAAAAAAAUAUUUAUUUAUUUAUUUAUUUAUAUACCAAAUAUAAUUGAUUUUAAAUGCAAAUUUAUAUAACAAUGCAAGAAAGAGAAAAAUGAG